AUGGCUGCCGGUAUUGACAGCGGACCUAUCGUACGGGUUGGACCAAAUCGACUGGCUUUUAACAGUACCACCUCCCUUCAAGAUAUUUACGGCCCCGCAGCCAACACUCAAAAGUCCGAUGUUUACACCAUAUAUCAAUACUGGUUUAAAGUCCCAUCUAUCGUCACUACCAUUGACAAGAAUGCACAUGCAUUCAAAAGACGUCUCAUGGUAAAAGCGCUAAGUUCACAGGCUGUUCAAGGGUUACAAGAUGUAAUAUAUCACAAUAGUGAACGAUUCUCCAACUAUCUACGAAGAGGUAAAGUUGAGAAAGUACCUGCAGGUGAAUGGACGCUAGCACAUGAUAUUUCGAAAGCCACAACGUAUUUACAGGCUGAUAUGAUGGGGGAUGUGACAUUUAGUCGCAAUUGGGGAAUGUUAACUGAUGAAAGAAAUCAUCAUAUUCCAGUCAUCGUGUCGGAAGGGGCACUCGCAAUGAACACGCUCGGACACAUGCGUAGUAUUGAAAGACUUGGUCUGCAAAAAUUGAUCCCUCCAUUUCUCCUCCGCGGUAUGAAGGAAUUCUUCGCUCUGAGUAAAUCUCAAUCCGACUGGCGUAUGCAUCAAGGGCCGAAUUUCCCUCGCCAAGAUCUAUUUGCUACACUUCUCGAAGCACAGGAUCAAGAGACUGGACAGAAACUAGCCCAAGAACAAUUGAUCUCUGAAGCCGGUCUUCUCAUUAUUGCUGGCAUGGACACAACUGCAACAGCACUAUCUGCAACAAUAUUCUAUCUUCUUCAUUACCCACUAAUAUUUGAGGUACUGAAGAGGGAAAUUAGGGGCAUGUGGAAAGAAGUAGAGGAAAUCAGGGUGGGCAAGCAGUUGAAUGAAUUUAGAUAUCUCACGGCAUGUAUAGAUGAGGCGUUACGACUUUCUCCUCCAGUACCAGGAAAUAUACCCCGGGAGGUAUUGAAUGGCGGGGCUACAAUCGAUGGUCAAUAUGUUCCAGCUGGAAUUACUGUUGGGGUCUCUGCAUAUAGUAUUCAUCACCAAGAGAGAUAUUUUGAUAAUCCAUUCAUAUAUCAGCCGGAGCGCUGGCUAGAAGACGGAGGUUACAACGAUGAAGACAAGGAAGAUACUAAUAGCAUUAAAAGGUUUGAUCAAGCGGCAUUCACACCAUUUGGAUUCGGAAGAACAAGUUGCAUUGGGAAAUAUUUGGCAUAUCAAGAAAUGAAGGUAGUAUUGGCAAGAUUGAUUUGGGCAUUCGAUAUGAGGUUGAGUAUGCAAAAGGGAGUGGGGCUGGGAGAGGGAAGAAAGGGAAUGGGAAGAGGGAGGGAGAGGAAAGAGGAGUUUCAAAUUUGGGAUCAAUUUGUUAGUUGGCACGAGGGUCCUAUGGUAGAGUUUAGGUUGAGGAGUGAGAGUGAGAGUGAGGGUGAGGGUGAGAGUGAGGGUGAGGGUGAGGGUGAGAGCGAGAUCAACAAAGAGGGGUUGUGA